AUGGGCGCCGCCAAGCCGUCCAAGAAGCAGCGCGGCAAGCUGAAAGCCGCCAAGAACAAGAAGGAGACGGCCAAGACCCACGUCAAGUUCGACGACAAUGGAGACAAGGUCGUGCCCAAGAAACGCGCGCGUGCAGCCAAGAAGAAGGACGCCGAGGAGGUGAAGGAGGGCGGCGGCAAGUCGGACCGCUCUCCGGAGAUGAUCCAGCAGGCCAAGUACUACCUGGAGCAGUGGCAGAAGCGCGACGAGACCAAGGCCGAUGACGAACUGCCGUGGAAGUUUAAGAAAAUCAAACAGCAGUGGAUCCUGCAGUGGAUGUACGAGGCGGACGUCGUGCCCAAGGCUAUGUUUGCUAUCGUGCUCGAAUACCUGAACGGUAUCCAGGGUGCCGCUCGCACGCGAGUGAUGGAAUCGGCGCAAGAAGUCAUCGAUGCUGGAGUUCCAUCAAAGGAUGAAGAAGACGCCGCAGCUGAUGAGAAGGAGAAAAUGCUCAGUAUCAAGCUUGCUCGUCGACGUUACAAGCGCGCACUGCAAGUGGCGGAGCUUUUGGCUUAG